AUAAUAUUUGAUAGAUUAAUAAUAAAUUGAACUCAAAUAACUUUAUAAUUUUGGAGAAGUUUUUUAAAAAAAUGGCAAAUAUUUUUACGAUUGUUUGUUUUUGUAUAGUUGUUACUGUAAGUGGUAUACCAAAAGAAAGAUUAGAUAUAGAAUUCGAAAACCAUAGCCAAAGAGCUAAUUUCUCAAAGUAUCCAUGUGAAAAUUCGCAACCGAGACUUUUUCACCUGGAAGAAGUAUCCAUGGAAGUAUGGGAAGAAUAUAAAUACACUCUCAAAGAAAUAAGACCUCAUGUAACUGUUUUACAUCGAUGUCAGAAUUCAGGAUGUUGUGAAUUUAACAAAAGAUGCAAACCAAUAUUGGAAAAAAAAGUUGAACUCGUUUAUUUUCACACACUUAGAGACAAAUAUUUUUCCAUAGAGGCUAUCAAUCAUAAAAAAUGUCAGUGUCAGGAUUAUAUACUAAAGUAAGAAUUAUAAAAACGGCAUCCAAUUUCCAUGUCACUUUUACCAGUUUUUUGUAAACUGGUACCUGCCUGAUGGUAAACAUUUGGUAAUUUUUCAUUAAUGCAUUCGGUUUUGCUGAAGUGUAUUUUGAGAUUUGAGAAACUUGCGUAAAUGACCGUUGGUAUUCUUAAUAAAAUCAAAGUAAUAGAUAAAAAUGCAAUUCAAACAAUUGGAGAAGCAAGUGGACUUUUCGUAAAAGAAGGCAAGGCGAUAGAAGAAUUAAACAAAAUAUUUUUCAUAAUAAUGAUAAUAUUAUUAUAAUAUUAUGAAUAAAUGACAAUAAUGAUAACGGAGCUGAAGAAAU